GCUUACUUCUUUCCUUCCGCAUCCUCUCAAUUCUCUUUUUACCCGUUUAUUCCGUCAUUCUUCCUUUUUGUUUCUCAUAGAAAUGUUUAAUUGGUCCUGAAUUGGAUGAAUUUUGUUUGUGCUGUUAUCCCGUGGCAUGUUUCUGGAGAACUGCUUGUCAGAUUGGGUGUACUUCUCUUUGUAGCACGGCUAUUUGGAUUGAUUCAGUAUUGAAGUCAGUCAGGAAGCUGUACACAGGAGUUCCCCUAUUCUGUCUGCUUGCUGCUACUGCUCUGAAGGCUACACUGAUACCAGAAGCAGUCAGUUUAUAUUUUGCUCACUAGAGGGGAUAUGGAGGAUUUUCCUGAUAUGCACCAGGGGAAUGACCCUGAGGACAUUGGAUCUUUCCAGGGUGAGAGGAGGAAGAUCAUUCAGCCGACAUUUUUGAAAGACCCCAAACUUGAAAAGCUGAAAGCGGUAUUGGUUGACUGGAUCAACAGCACUUUGAAAGAGGAACACAUCGUGGUGCAGAGUCUGGAAGAGGAUAUCUUUGAUGGCCUAGUCCUCCAUCACCUCCUUGGGAGGUUAGCUGGAGUGCAUCUGUCUGUGGAGGAGAUAGCGGUGACCAGCGCCGCUCAGACACGCAAGCUGGAGCUCAUCCUGGAGGCUCUGAAUGAGAAACUGGGGCUGCAGGACAGCUCUCUCACCAGGUGGAGCGUCAAACUCAUCCACAACAAAGACUUGCUGGCCACUCUCCAUCUUCUGGUUGCCAUGGUGAGGUGCUUCCAGCCUAAUCUGGAGCUUCCCCCAAACGUCAGAGUGGAAGUUGUCCUGUUGGAGGUCAACAGAAGUGGAAUCAAAUCAGAAAAGGAAAUAGAGAUUCUUACAGUUGAAAGCAAUUCAACUACAGACUCGCUGAGCAGUUCAGACAGUGAGGAUCCCAUUGAGCAGCUGCUGAAGCUGGAACCCCACAAGAUCAACACAGUAAAGCAGGCCAUCAUGCACUUUGUCAACAAGAAGAUGUCAACCCUGGGACUACAGGUGACAGACAUGGAGAAACAGUUUUCAGAUGGUGUUAUUCUCCUCCUGCUGAUUGGACAGUUGGAGGGCUUCUUUGUUUCACUCUAUGACUUCAACAUCACCCCAGUCAACACUACUGAGAUGGACUCCUUCUUUGGGAUGAAUCAUGUUCUGGUGGCAGCUCUGCCUCAAAGGAAAAAUCUGCAGAAUGUGACCUUGGCCCUGGACCUCCUGAAUGACAUAGGGCUUCCCACGACCAACAUUGACCCCCAAGAUAUAGUCUCUCAGGAUGUGACAACUACCUUGAAGGUCCUGUAUGCCCUGUUCAAGAAGCACAAAAGCAGAUGAGAAUGGGAAGAACAUGGAGGAGGACAUUAGGAGGUGAAGACGCCAGAAGUCCUUUGCCUGAGGUCUUUUCCCCCUGGCAAAUCCAGAAUCAUAGGCUGAUUCCCUCUGUAAAAUAUUUACAAUAUAUUUACAGAAAUAUCAUAUAUCUAUUCUAUGUAACGCUUUGUGUACUUUGUGUCAAUAAAAGGGUACUGUAUGUGCCAUAGUUUGAAUA